ACCUGGAGGGACUCGAAAGCGGGUGGCUGGGAGACGCUGUGGAGCAGCGAGUUGAUGGCCGGGAGGGAGGGGAAGGGGGCUGGCUUCUGGGCGGUGCCAAGUCUAAAAGGGGGCGCGGUCAGCGCCGAGCUGUCUCGCAGAGGCUGAGGCGGCCACGUCCCGCUACCCAAGGUUGUAGAGGCGCCCCUCUAUUUGUCCUCGGGACCUCCAGACAUGUCCGAGGUGAAGAGCCGGAAGAAGUCGGGGACGAAGGGAGCCCCGGCGGAGCCUGGGAAGCGGAGCGAGGGCGGGAAGAGCCCCGAGGCUCGGGGUGGUGGAGGCAGGGGCUGGGCCGACCCCCGGACCGGUGUGAGCCUGCUGUCUCUGGGGACGUGCCUGGGCCUGGCUUGGUUUGUAUUUCAGCAGUCAGAAAAGUUUGCAAAGGUGGAAAACCAAUACCAGUUACUGAAGAUGGAAACCAGUGAAUUCCAAGGGCUUCAAAGUAAAGUCAGUUUAAUUUCAGAAAAGCUUGCCUCUACUGAAAGUAUCCUGCAGGAAGCUACAUCCUCCAUGUCUUUGGUGACCCAGUUUGAGCAGGAAGUAGCCACCCUCCAAAGAAUCAUGCAUGACAUUCAAAACAGUGAAGAGAUGCUCACCCAAAAGAUGCAAAGCCUUAACGAGAAAUUCCAGAAUGUUACAGAUUUCUGGAAGAGAAGCCUAGAAGAAAUGAACGUUAAUACAGACGUUUUCAAAUCAGAAUCAAAACAUAUACAUUCUCAAGUCACUGUCCAAAUUAACUCAGCCGAGCAGGAAAUAAAAUUGCUCACUGAAAGGCUAAAAGAUUUGGAGGAUAGCACAGUAAGAAAUAUUAGAACGAUACAGAGACAGGAAGAAGAGGAUCUUCUGCGAGUAGAGGAGCAGCUUGGCUCCGACUCAAAAGCGGUGGAGAAGUUAGAGGAGGAGCAGCAUGCUCUGUUGGCCAGAGAUGAAGACCUGACUAACAAACUCUCCAGCUAUGAACCCAAAGUUGAAGAAUGCAAGACACAUUUGCCUACAAUUGAAAGUGCUGUUCGCUCUGUUCUGAGAGUCUCUCAGGAUCUGAUCGGGACAGAGAAGAAAAUGGAAGACCUGACCCUUCAGAUGUUUAACAUGGAAGAUGACAUGCUGAAAGCAGUAUCUGAAAUCAUGGAGAUGCAGAAGACCCUUGAAGGAAUUCAGUAUGACAAUAGCAUAUUAAAGAUGCAGAAUGACCUGGAUGUUCUCAAAGGAAAAGUUCAUGAUUUUAUAGUAUAUUCAAGCGCAAGAGAAAAGGGGACUCCAGAAGAAUAUAAUCUAGAAAAUAAAGAAAUCGAUAGUGAUUUCUAAAUGCACUGCAUUUAUUCUGAUGAACCACACUAUUAUGCACAAGCUGAUUAGCUCCAGGCUUUUGAGUUAUUUCCAUAUGCCUCACUUCAUCCUAAAUUAUUAGAAAGUAAGUGAGAUAUCACAAAAAUGGAUUAUCCAAAUAAUCAAACCUUAUCUUUUUAAGCAAUAAAGCUUUUCAUUUUAACCAUUUUAAAUAGAGAUAUUUUUAAAAUAUGUUUCUCUGCUUUUUUGAAGUAUGUACUGAAUAUUUUUAAAUGUUUUUCUGAUAAUUGUGUGUCUGCUCAAUCUCUCAGAUGCGUCCAUAUCUUUGCAGCCCCAUGGACCGUAGCCCAUCAGGCUCCUCUUUCCAUGGAAUUUUCCAGGCAAGAAUGCCAGAGCAGGUUGCCAUUUCCUAUUCCAGGGAAUCUUCCUCACCCAGAGAUGGAACCUGAGUCUCUUGUGUUUCCUUCGUUAGAAGGCAGAUUCUUUACCACUAGCACCACUUGGGAAUCCCCUUUCUAAUAGUUAACGGACAUCAUUAUGAAUUUCAUCUGUUAUAUUGGACCCAAAUAUAUUAAUGUCCCUAGUAGCUAUUGAGACGUGUUUGUCUCCUUACUCAAGGACCGCAGUUUGCUCUUUUUCAAGUCUUAAUGUCUCUUCCUUAUACCUCUUCCGUCACCUGAAAAAGUGUUGCAUUGACCUGAUCUUACCAUCAGGUUGAUCAGUAAUGUGUUUGCCUCUGCCAGUUCCUCAUUUCUGUUGCAGUUUACUGCAGGCUAAGAAUCCAGACAAUUUCGUCCAAAAUAAAACAUGCCUGGGGUGCUUUGCAAUGAAUUGAUAUGCACUUUUUGGAAACUGAGGAGCCUGGGAAACAUUUUUACUUUUUGUUAAGGUUCUACUGUUACAGAUAACUGUAAGAACUUUUUUUUAAAAGAGUAAACUUGUUCUUUUUGAAGACUUUCCCUUUGAAUUAAGUGUGGAUCCUUUGAAGCUUGGACUUUGGGAACAUCUGUGUAUACCUUUAUUUUUUUUAAGGUUCUAACUGUGUUACAGACUCUUGAGUUUGCUCAGUACAUGAUCACUAGAUAAAUUACUUUACUUAUAAUAAAAAUAUACCAAUAAACCUGUGGUAUAUUUUAAAGAGGAAAAAGCAGCAUAGUGAGAAAUAAUGUGAUAAUUAUGGUAAUUAAAAGUAUGUCAUUAUUUUAGAGUCCCCAAACCAACCACCCAACCAAAUUUGUUUCACUCAGUGAUUUUAUUUUUUAUUUUAAAUUAAUCUUUAUUGGAGAAUAGUUGCUUUACAAUGUCGUGUCAGUUUCUACUGUAGAGCACACACAAAAUUUUAAUUUACACAAAAUUAUAUAAUAGAGUCACAAGGAAUAAAACAUGGACAUAUUGAGGUGAAAUUAAGGGGAGGUUAAGACAGAUUUUUGCAAUAAUGAUAAUCGGAAACGUACAGGUUUGGGGGAGCACAUGAGAUUUUUAUUGGUAAACUGAUGUAUCAAGACCUAUGGCUGAUCAUGUUGAGGUUUGACAGAAAACAACAAAAUUCUGUAAAGCAAUUAUCCUUCAAUAAAGAAAGAAAGAAACUGAAAAAAAAAAAAAAAGUGUCCAAGGUAUUGAGUUAACUUUCAAUUUGCACACAGAAGUAAAGUUCUUACUUGUUUCUUCUUGCCAAUAACCAACUAUAGUCCCAGUUUUGUAAUGCGAUUUUGGUGGAGUUAAACACAAAGAACUUGAAAGCAGUCAGUUAUAAAAGAUAGAUGUGGUCAGGUGGUUUUUUUAUGUAAAUUUGUACAUUUUUGGAAAAGUUCCCAAUGAAUGCUACAUUGGGAUCGGGAAGACUUAUAGUAGACAGCCAGAAAAGUAAGGCUGAAAGAGUGCUACUAUUAAGGAGCAUAGCAUUAAUUUCUGGAAUCUUAACAUUAAAUUUCUUGACUUCUUUUUUUUUUUGGAGGCUAGUUACUUUACAAUAUUGUAGUGGUUUUUGCCAUACAUUGACAUGAAUCAGCCAUGGAUUUACAUGUAUUCCCCAUCCCGAUUCCCCCUCCCACCUCCCUCCCCACCCCAAAUUUCUUGACAUCUGAAUGUCUAAGUUCUUGUCUGUGUGCACUGGCAAAUUGUAUUUGUUUUUCUUUAUUUUCACACUCAUAAAAUAGAUUAUAAAGUCAGCCAAAACUAUUUCGUUUCAGCCUCCAUCCUGCCAGGACAGAUAUGAUCUCUUGUACUCUUCAGUUUUAUAUAUUUACCUAUUUUUUGGUGUGUCACCAGAUUUGAUACAUCUUUAUUAUUAACUAGAAUAUGUGUCAUAGUGAUGGUUACAGAAAAUAAAAUGGAAAUAAGGUGGUCACUGAGCUCUAUAGUGACAGUUACAAGGAAUAUGAAAGCUACACUUCUGCAAAUAUUUCUUGAGAAAAUAUUGUGCGCAUGUAUGUACACAUGUAUAUAUUCCUUUUUUCAGGCAUUUUCCUAUUAAAAAGUGUAAUUAUAGAGAUUUAAAUGUACCUAAUUUGUCUUCCUGUGUUUCUUAAAUUCAUUUAUUUAACCCAGAUACUUGAAAUUUCAGAAAGUUGCCUAAUGUAUCAAAUAUUAAGCUACAUUAUUAGUCUUUCCUUUAAGGAAGAUUACCAUGUUCUAAGACACAUUUUUGUAUCUUUGUAAUUAAUAAUAAAUUUUGUCAGUUUCUUCUAGAA